AUGGCCCUUCAAGGUGGAAACACCACCGUCACCAAUGCAAUCGAACUGUCGGAACCUUACUUAGCCGGCGCGUCAGGCAUCAACUUGGAGGUCGGAAACUGGGUAUCUUCAAAGCUGGACAGGAAGCUGAGGUAUCAGCUGGAAGAUCCGCUGAGCGUCAUCAGUGGGACCUUGCCAGUGUGGGCCGUGACGCUGCCGCGUGUGUGUCCUUUCCUCUUCAGCCUUAAAACGCGGAAGAUGCUGUUGAAGUACACAGCAUUCGGUCCGUCCUUUGCAGUUCAUUGGACGCAGGAGAGCAAGGUUGGCUCCUUCCUGAAGCGGAGAGCCACAGUACAGACAGAGCUUAAUGCCCAGACGGACCCCAGGAAGAUGCAGGAGCUCUCCCAGGAGCUGUCGAACAUUGAGGAGCAUGUUGUCAGGUCCAACUUUUGGCUCGGCACACUGCAGAGCACACUUGUGCGUUUGCAGAAGGGCGAAGAGUUCCUGCGACAGUCCGACGUCGCCAUGGGCUUUCUGGCAAACGCUAGCAAGCUAUUGGAGGUGCAGUUUGAGGGCGAGACAGGCUUCGGAGUGGCGGUGACCCAGUCAUUCUAUGUGGAGGUAGCACAAGCCCUACAAGAACGCGCCAUCAAUGCCGCCAUUCCUCUGUGGGUUGAAGAUGACGAUUCAAGUGGGAGUCAGCAACACCUGCUGUGCCGCAGGGGUUUGCUGCUCAAGCCGCUCACGGAUGGGCCCCAAAAGGAUGCCACCGUUGAGCGCUUCCGCUUUUUAGGGCGCUUGAUGGGGCAGGCCCUGCGCGAGGGCUUCAUCGUGCCUUUGCCUCUCGCGGAGGAGUUUUUUGCCCUGGUCCUUGGAGAAAAGCUUGAGGCUGCUAGCCUUCCUCGGCCCGGCAACGGGGUAGCUGGCGAGUUGCUUGGUGCCUUGGCGGACUUUGCAGAUGACCUCAGGGCUGGAGAGGCCACACAGAAAGAGAUUGGCAGCUCUCCGGAGCAGAUACGGACUUGGAAGAAUGUACAGGCUGAUCGGAAGGAGUUCACCGAGCGCUUCCUGUCAUCCAAAGCGGACAUGGCCCCAUCCCAGGAGCCGAUGUCAUUCAAUGACUACACCAGCUUGGCUGGGGUUUGUUUCUUGGAAACUGGCCUGAGUGGCGCAGCCCUCUGUCCAGAUGGGGAUAACAUUCUCGUCACAGUGGACAAUGUGGACAGCUUCAUUGAACAGGCUACCCACUUUUGGUUUGAAGCAGGUGUCAAGGAUCAGGUGGACGCCUUCCGCUCCGGUUUGAACGACGUGUUCCCCUUUCCAUGCCUGCAGGCCUUUUCAAGAUCAGAACUUCGAGAGAUGUUCUGCGGCGAAGAUAGAAUUGAAUGGGAUGAGCAAGCGCUGCUCAACCACAUCCAUCCAACGGGUGGACUCAAUGACAAAUCACCUGCUUACAGGUUCCUUGUUGCUGUCCUCUUGGACUUGAACCAGGCUGACAGGUGGGACCCGCUGUUGCUCUUGAGGAUCGCAAAGAGUCUGUCCCUGCCCGUCCAGCAUGUCAUGCCGGAGAAUGUCCUAGGAGCAUGCUCCCCUACUCGUCGUGGUUGUUCUGAAGCUGUAAACAUCAGUUCCGCUACAAUCACUUCAAUCCUGUAA